ACAAGUCUUGCAUUUUUCAACAGGUGCGAAUAAUAAGAAAGAUAAUAGACGAUACGGUGCCAUGUUUCCAUCGACCAAGCCGAUGAUCAUGGCGUGCUUCGGUGUCGUGUCUGCUCCCUAACCGAUCCCUGCCUUUUUUUUCAAUCGUGCACACUCGACCCCCUGCAACCACCUUCUCAUCUCGAGUCAUCUUCGAUAAGAAGUCACCGAUUUUUUUUUGCUUUCACUCCGGGAGCGAUGCGAAUGAACAGUGUGUUGAUACCUGUGGCCGGAUGGUUUCUCGCCCUCGGAUACUCGGCCCUCGUCUCCGACCGGCAAUCUGAAAACGGAUUUCCUCGUAAAUACGAGUCGAUCCCACCCGCAAAGAAAAUGCCAUCCCUCGUCCGUGACAAGCGACAUCCCACCGGAGGAAGAGGCUUUCUAAAAGAAGAUAACAACGUUCCAAGCGUCUCUCUCCGUGGGUUUCUAAUCAGGCCCGAGUGGAUAGCCCAAGCCAAGAAGAACGUGCUUCGGAAUCCGCACAAUUUCGUUAUUCAAUCAGCUGCCGACGUCGAAGAGAUUGCAGCACGAAGAUCGACGCGGGAAGUUCUCGUUUCGAAGCGUCGAUUCGUGCUCGAAGCCAUCCAAAGGCUCUUGCGACUCCGAGAAUCUUUAAAAAAGGAUCCGAUCACGAACGCUCGGGCGACGUCGCUCUGCAAGUCCCUCUUUCGCAUAGCCCCAUUGGCUGUUAUCACACGUCGAGAGGUUUGGGCUUCUUGCAGACAACAACUGCCAACUCCCAACCCAGCGGCGGACGAGAACUCGGUAGUGCUGGAAGCAGGGCUGGAGGAUCGCUUCUCAGACGGGAGGCUCAGAAAUGGAAAGGCUUUCUGGGUGAAGGCCUCGUUUCUGGGAAGAGGGACGAAGGCUGCCGAAGCCGAUUCGGGCACGGAAACCCUGACCAAGGGGUCAUCCACGACUGGGAAAGAGAAGAAAAGAGGGAAUGCCGAGCCCCAUUCUCAGCAGGGCUACGCACGGCCCCUUCCUCGUCUCAUCGAAUUCGCGUCCAAGCGAGAAGGGAAACGAGACAGGGUCAUGGGGAAUGAAUCUGUCACCACCACCUUCAAUGUGCGAGACUCACCACCACCUUCAAUGUGCGAGACUCACCGCCACCUUCAAUGUGCGAGACGGGAGCCAAGGAUUACUGGGUGGAGAGGGAUCUGGCCGGGCGAGUACCUCCACUUGCCUCCACCGCUCACAUUUUUUUAUUGUCGGGUUUGA